AUGCGAGAUGUCAACAAGACGGACGAAGUAAUAGCCCUCCUCAAGCAUCUUCCGUAUAUCCUUGGUCCCGGAAGCAGCUUCGAGAACCCCCAAGGAGCCCCAAAAUGUGUGUUUUCCGACUGGCACGGGGACUCGGAAGAGCUAGCUCAAGGUGUCUGCACCGGCGAAACGCUGAAGGUCUGUUCAGAAGGCGCCAGCAUCUCUGACGAAGUACCGGCCCACGUAGUCGGUUUAACGACUGGCGGAAGAGACAACCCGAACUUCCUGCUCGAUACCGAUCUGGGCGUCAUCUACUGGAUCGAAUGCCCCAAUGAAGUCAUGAGCAGUUCUUCGCGCGACAUGAUCGAAGAUGAUCCAUACGAUUACGCGCGGGAAAACGAGGCAGAAUGGCGGGCCGAAUCAGGAUGCUGGGCUAUUGCUGAUUUCUUCGGCAUGCUCAAAGAUCAAUUCCAACAGCUCACUUUCGUUCCCAUCGGUCCGAAGUCAGUCAUCGCUAGCGAUGCGGCGCUGGGGCAUAAAGGCGAGGGUCUUGUGGCUAUGGUACAAGAGAUCUAUCGUGAGCAUGAUUGGCCGGAUAUGGUGCGCUAUCGAAAGACUGAAUGUCUCGCUGCGGUGCAAGCAGCUUUAGAGCAGCGCUAUCCCGACUGGAUCUAUUAG